AUGUUGGAUGGCCAACAAGGCUUCAUACCGUUACCCGCCGAGAAGGUCAUUCACAAAUCAUCCCCGAGAGUGUCGCUCGCUAUUACAACACCGUCGACUUAUCCAGGUCGCAAUCCUUUGAACAUAAACUGCAAUUCAGGCGUGGUCUAUCUGACUAAUCAGAGAAUUGUAUAUCUGCCCGACAGUCCUACGGCAGAGCUUCAGUCAUUUUCCGCACCACUCUUGAAUCUGCAUGACUCCCAUAUCACAGUGCCCUGGUUUGGACCCAAUGCCUGGCAGGCCGCUCUCCAACCAGUCCCGGGAGGCAACAUUCCUGCAUCGCACGCGGUAGUCGAGCUCAAAUUGACCUUCAAGGAUGGUGGCGCGCCCGACUUCCACUCCAAGUUCGAGCAAAUCAAGGAGAGGCUGCAGCAGGUUGUCACGAACGCGCGGGAGAAUAACGCGUCCGGACAACGACGUGACAGUUUCCUGGGCAAUGUCAAUCUGGACAAUGUCCACCUUGAUCAACUGCCAUCCUACCAAGAAUCUGGCCAUGAUAGAGUAGCAGCAGGGGAUACGCUCGAGUCCAGUGCUGUCAUAGAGUCGCCUGGGACGGCAGGUCCGAUUCCAUCCUCUGCUGGUGGUCAGGUGGGAACAGCUUCACCCGCGGAAGAUAUGGAACCACCGCGGGAGCCGCCUCCAGGUUACGAGGAGGUGCAACAGCAAAGCAUACAGGCAGAGCUUGACCGGAGGCUCUCGCAACCUCUGCAAUAG